AAUGGAAAGCUGAGCGGUGUUGGGCUUCCAAAUAUGAAACAUUGAAACGUCACCGUUUUGAUAAUCCCUACCAGAACGAGUCCGGCUUGGAAGAUAAAAGGAAGCAUUUCGAGCGUAAGGGAGCAAACAGUAGAGUGAAGAAAACUGAUGAAUUGAAGAUGAUACACAACCUCUCGAAGCCCCUUGAUCUCAUACACUUCCCAAAGCCCUCCAAAACUCUAAUCACUAAAACUCACUUUUCUUCUUCUGGCCCUUAUGGACAUGUUUCUCCACCAAUUUUACGGUUCAAGAGCAACUCAUUUCUUCUCUAUGAGCGCACCAGCCUCAGCAUUAGGGCUUCUACAAUUUCCUCUUCGGCUUUGACUUCGCCGCCUGAAGAAGAUGCAGAGUCCACACAGCUAUUUGAGAAAUUGAAGGAUGCAGAGAGGGAACGAAUAAAUAAAUUGGAAGAACUUGAAAACAAGGCUAAUGUGCAAUUAGAGAGGCAGCUUGUCCUGGCUUCAGAUUGGAGUAGGGCAUUGUUGGCUAUGCAGGGAAAAUUGAAGGGGACUGAAUGGGAUCCUGAGAACUCACACAGGAUUGACUACAGUGAAUUUUGGAGACUUCUUAACUCAAAUAAUGUCCAGUUCAUGGAGUACUCAAAUUAUGGCCAGACAAUAUCAGUUAUUCUGCCAUACUACAAAGAUGGAAAAAAGGAAGGGGGAGAAGGAAAUUUAAAUAAGGAAAUUGUUUUUCGGCGCCAUGCAGUUGACCGGAUGCCAAUUGAUUGUUGGAAUGAUGUUUGGCGAAAGUUGCAUGAACAGGUGGUAAAUGUUGACGUUCUUAAUGUGGAUGCUGUACCUGCAGAAGUCUACUCCACUAUUGCAACUGCAGUUGUAUGGUCAAUGCGGCUUGCACUUUCUAUUGUAUUGUAUCUUUGGAUUGAUAAUUUGACGAGACCAAUUUAUGCAAAGUUAAUACCUUGUGAUUUGGGAACUCCUAGCAAAAAGCCAAGACAGCCACUCAAGCGACGUACACUUGGAUCGUUAGGCAAGAGUCGGGCAAAGUUUAUAUCAGCAGAAGAAACUACUGGUGUUACCUUUGAUGAUUUUGCGGGCCAGGAAUACAUAAAAAGGGAACUGCAAGAGAUUGUGCGUAUUCUAAAGAAUGAUGAAGAGUUCCAAAAUAAGGGCAUCUAUUGCCCAAAAGGUGUGCUUCUCCAUGGGCCUCCUGGAACUGGUAAAACAUUGCUGGCUAAAGCUAUUGCUGGUGAGGCAGGUCUUCCAUUUUUUGCAGCAAACGGCACUGAUUUUGUAGAGAUGUUUGUAGGUGUGGCAGCGUCACGUGUCAAAGAUCUGUUUGCUAGUGCUCGGUCAUUUUCACCAUCCAUCAUUUUUAUUGAUGAGAUAGAUGCUAUUGGCAGCAAGCGUGGUGGGCCUGAUAUUGGUGGGGGUGGUGCUGAGAGGGAACAGGGCUUGCUUCAGAUACUGACUGAGAUGGAUGGAUUUAAAGUUUCAACAGCUCAGGUGUUAGUUAUAGGUGCAACCAACAGACUGGACAUUCUAGAUCCUGCUCUCCUGAGGAAGGGCCGUUUUGACAAGAUUAUAAGGGUUGGUUUACCAUCUAAAGAUGGUAGACUGGCCAUAUUAAAGGUGCAUGCAAGGAAUAAAUUUUUCCGUUCAGAGGAGGAAAAGGAGGCUCUAUUGCAGGAAAUUGCAGAGCUUACAGAAGACUUCACUGGGGCAGAGCUGCAGAAUAUACUGAAUGAAGCUGGAAUUUUAACUGCCCGGAAGGAUUUAGAUUACAUUGGCCGGGAAGAACUUCUGGAGGCCUUAAAAAGGCAAAAGGGAACAUUUGAAACAGGUCAAGAGGACAGUACUGAAAUUCCAGAGGAAUUGAAACUGAGAUUGGCAUAUAGAGAGGCAGCUGUGGCUGUUCUUGCAUGCUACUUUCCAGAUCCCUACCGCCCUUUCAUUGAGACAAAUAUAAAUUCCAUACAUAGCCAGCCAAAUAUGCGCUAUGCAGAAACUUCUGGAAGGGUCUUCUCAAGGAAAGCAGAUUAUUUGAACUCUAUAGUGCGUGCCUGUGCUCCCAGAGUAAUUGAGGAGGAGAUGUUUGGGGUUGACAACUUGUGUUGGAUCUCUGCAAAGGCUACAUCAGAAACGUCAAGGCUCGCAGAAUUUUUGAUUCUGCAGACGGGAAUGACAGCAUUUGGAAAAGCUUAUUACAGAAAUCAAGGUGAUCUUGUGCCAAAUCUUGCAGCUAAGCUUGAAGCACUUAGAGAUGAAUACGUGCGCUUUGCUGUGGAGAAAUGUUCAUCUGUGCUUAGGGAAUAUCAGUCAGCUGUGGAGACAAUCACAGAUAUUCUACUUGAGAAGGGAGAGAUGAAAGCUGAUGAAAUUUGGGAGAUAUAUACAAGGGCUCCUAGAAUACCUCAGCCUGCUGUGAAUCCGGUUGAUGAAUAUGGUGCCUUAAUUUAUGCUGGAAGAUGGGGAGUCCAUGGGAUUACACUUCCUGGAAGGGUUACGUUUGCACCUGGAAAUGUGGGGUUUUCUACCUUUGGUGCGCCCCGUCCUAUGGAGACUCAAAUCAUCAGUGAUGAAACUUGGAAACUAAUCGAUGGUAUCUGGGAUAAAAGGGUUCAGGAAAUUAAAGCUGAAGCCUCAAUCCAAGUUGAAGAAGAGAAGGAGAAGCCACAACUUUUAGUGGCCAGCCAUUUCCUUUGAGAAGUCAGCAUAUACUUCAUGGCAGGUCUUCGGAAUUUUUGUUGACCUUAAUUCAGCCAUGCUUGCAAAACGAGGAUGCAUGUUGAAGUUGCAAGUGGAACUACAAGUACCUAAGUCUCAUUUUUGCCUCAAAUGUUCUUUAAUCUCUGUCCACGCCAUUCAGUUAUUCAAGAAUAAGUUCAUGAGAGUUCAUAUAGCUUGAAGUUCUCAGCUCUCAGCUUCUAUAGUUCUAGAUGUUCUAAUCUGAUAAGAAGUUGACAUAUUUGUUCAUGGUUGAUGGGCAGUGUUGCUUCUCUUGCGAGCAUCGAUCUUUCCAAUAUUAUACCAUCAGAGAAGGGCAUGUUGGAUUUUGCAGGGCCUUCAAGAUUGAGUUGUUAUCAAAGGUAUGGGUGCUAGAGAUGUUGAAAGCACAAGCAGAUUUUCUGGAGAGUAAUUGUUGUCUACUAUGAUUAAAGCUCUGGAAUUUUGGAAAGCCACAGCAUGGACAAUGGAAAAACAGGCAGAUAUUCAAGUGACAAGUAAAUUGUUAAAUUUUUUUUAAUACUGUUCAUCGUUCCAUCUAAAUCGAUGCUGUGGAAUUCAACAAAUUUUGAAUUUAUUAAUUUUAUUGGGAUCUUCAAAUUGUAAAUUAGACUAAUUGCUUUUUUGGCCAUAGGGUUCUCUAUCUGGACUACAAUAAUUAUUUUUGUUGGCACUAGCCAGGAUUACCAAUUUUAUGAACUGGUCAAUUUAUUGUGAUAUAAGACUAGUCAAUUAUUUUUA